CGACUCUCCGUUGCACUUUGGGUUUUUAACUUUUUUUUACCCCGACCUUAAUAAUAAUAAUAAUAAAAAAAAAAUCAGUCACCAUCAGGCACGAGAGAACAGCAGGAUAAAGGAUCGCAGCAUAAGACAUUAAGAACUGAUUAUGGAAGAACAACUUUACCUAGAUGCUGAAGGCCCAGUUUUACCUCUUCAUACCUCCAUUGCACUCUUUUUGAUGUCUUACUGUGACUGCAAAACAUGGAAAAUUUACCUUGUGCUGCCAGACAGUAGUACAGACAAUCUGUCCGAAAAUAUCUUGUUACCAAGAAACCUAGAGGCCGAGACCAUCUGCAAAUGGGAUCUCCCGCCGCUGGUUAGGAGCUGCCGUUUGCCUGCAGUUGUGGAGGCCUCUGGGACAUUCUGUAGAGCUGGGUUGGCUGUAGUACUUAGACAUAUCAUUCACAAAGCACACAUAAGUGAACCCUUCAGAAAUGAUAUAGUUGAGCUGCUGGGUUUUAAAAAGACUUGUUUAAAGGCUUGUGCAGAAGUAAGUCAGUGGACAAGACUUUGUGAAAUCAGCAUUCCCCGGGCGAUUGAGAGUUUUCUGAAGAAACCUUCAGCCAACAUCCCAACAGAAGUGCUGCAGUUUGAAAAGAAGCUAGGAGAGCCAGUCAAAGUACAUAAUGAUGACAAAAUCCGAAGGCAAAAAUUACAGCAGCAAAUGACCGCUAAUAAAAAUGAUGUAGCAGACUCUAAGAGUAAAGCAGCAGAGGCCAUGCCAUGCAUCAAUAUCAUCCCCAAUCAGACUAGCCUGGAACUAGGAGCUGCUCUGUCUAAAUUAACAGUGCAAGGAGCAUUGUCUUGUGCCACAAGAGAGCCCUCUCACAUCAGAAAAGCCAAGAACUCUGAUCUCCCUCCCCUUGAACAUGUCUUUGCCGAGGGCCUCUACUUUACUCUCACAGAUGUUGUCCUGCUGCCAUGCAUUCAUGCUUUCUUGGUUGCUCUCAGUAAGGUGGCAGAAGAGAAAUACACCCAAAUUCCCCUUAUUGCUGGUUGGUAUAGAAGGGUACAGCAGGUACCUGGUGUGAGGUGGGCUGCAAGCAUGUGUAGCAUAACAUUUCUAGAUAUUCUUUGUGAGAAUGCAAAGCCGCAAGAACAGCCUUCAAAUCUCCACUCAGAAACUGAAGAAAAGGAAAUACAAGACAGUCACUUUGUAGGUGGGCCAAGACCAACAAUGACAAAACUGAAGGAAUUUGGCAUUGAAGCAAUAUUUUCUUCUCACCCAUGCCCUUCUUGGACUAUUGACUGGAAAAGCCUACCUGCAGCUGCAAGUCCCGCAGAAGGGAAAAUGUCUAGCGAGCGCGCUGUGAGGAAGCAGCAGCAACUGAACAAUCUGUUAUCGGUGGUGACUAAUAUAGCCAAACCUGGAGAUACUAUUGUGGAUUUCUGCAGUGGAGGGGGCCAUGUAGGAAUUGUCUUGGCUCAUAAGCUGCCAUCAUGCCAGGUGAUUCUUAUAGAGAAUAAAGAAGAAUCUCUCUUACGUGCAAAAGACAGAUGCUAUGAACUCGGACUGACCAAUAUAUGGUUCAUUCAAGCUAACCUUGAUUAUUUUACUGGGAGUUUUACUAUUGGGGUUGCUCUUCAUGCCUGCGGGGUAGCAACAGACAUGGUGAUGGAGCACUGCAUCAAAGCUAGAGCUGCUUUUGUCGUCAGCCCAUGCUGUUAUGGAUUCAUACAAAAUACUGUCAAAACCAGAUUUCCCCGAAGUUGUCGGUUCCAGGAGGCUUUGACAUAUAAGGAGCACAUGAUUCUCUGUAGAUUUGCUGAUCAGACCGCAGUGCAGUUGACAGCAGAGCGGAGACAAAUAGGAAAGCAGUGCAUGGGUUUAGUUGAUCUGGAUCGAGCUUGGGCAGCUGAGCAGAGUGAAUACAAAGUGCAGGUCAUCACUAUGGAACCUGAAAGCUGCUCACCAAAGAAUAACAUGAUAGUGGGAUCUCCCAUAUAACCCUUGUUAUCUACAUCUAUUGUGAAACAUGUAAACCGAACUUGAUGUAUAGUGAAAGGACAUGAAAUAUCCCCCCUGGCUCCAGAGCUUUGCACAAAUCCAUCAUGUGGAUGUAAAUAUUCCAACUCGCCAGCAAGAUGGUUUGUAUAUAGAAAUAAUAUAAGAAGCGAGGUGCUUGCCAAGUCCUAUCCAAUAAGUUGGUUUGUUUUAACUUUUUCUAAUGUCCAUAUAUGUGUAGAAAUGUCGGCAGGGUUUUGUUAUGCAGUAAUACACAUUCUGGAAAGCACAAGAUUUAUACAGCCUUGUUCACCAGGUCUAAUGUAAGGCUUGGCAAAUAUGACCUUUGAUAAUUAAAUUUAUUUUGUUCGUA